UUCCCGAAGUCGCGUCCUGCACCAGAGACGCUCUCCAACUGCAGCUUGCCCCGCGCUAUGGUGGGGCGAGCUCGCAGGGCAUGCGAGAAGACGGGCAGGUCUAAAAGCUUUAAUAACUGAGCUCGCUGCCCCUGUGAGUCACGUCAGUUGAGACAGACAGCCUGCAGAACCGAGAACAGCCAAGAUGGUAUACACAGCAUCAUUCGCCUUCUUCGAGGCACUGUGGGACGCCGGCGUUCGCAAUGUCUUCGUCAACCUGGGCUCCGACCAUCCGUCUAUUAUCGAAGCUAUUGUCAAGGGCCAGAAGGAGAAGAAGGGCCAGUUCCCAAAAAUCGUCACGUGUCCGAACGAGAUGGUGGCGCUGUCCAUGGCAGACGGCUAUGCGCGAUCCACCGGCAAGCCGCAAUGCGUCAUCGUCCACGUCGACGUCGGCACACAGGGCCUCGGAGCGGCUGUCCACAAUGCCUCGUGUGGCAGAGCGCCGGUGCUCAUCUUCGCCGGCCUGUCCCCGCACACAAUCGAGGGCGAGAUGCGCGGAAGCAGGACGGAAUACAUCCACUGGAUACAGGACGUGCCGGACCAGAAGCAGAUUGUCGCCCAGUACUGUCGAUACACGGGCGAGAUCAAGACGGGCAAGAACGUCAAACAGAUGGUCAACCGCGCGCUAUCCUUCGCCAUGAGCGACCCCAAGGGCCCUGUCUACCUGUGUGGUGCGCGCGAGCCCAUGGAGGAGGACCUCACGCCAUACCAGCUGAACCUCGACUACUGGCGGCCCGUGGAGCCAGCAGCCCUCCCUCCGAGCGGCGUCAAGAACAUUGCAGACGCCUUGGUCAACGCACAGGAGCCGCUUGUCAUUGCUGGCUACACGGGCCGCAAUCACGAUGCCGUGCAAGAGCUGGUCCGUCUGGCAGACAAUGUCAAGGGGCUACGCGUGCUCGACACCGGAGGCAGUGACAUGUGUUUUCCGGCGAACCACCCAGCAUGGCUCGGCCUCCGCUACGGCAAUGAUCCCAGCAUCAAGACAGCCGACGUAAUUCUAGUCGUCGACUGUGAUGUACCUUGGAUCAACACACAGUGUCAUCCAAACGGCACAGCCAGCAUCUUCCACGUCGACGUCGAUCCCCUGAAGCAGCAGAUGCCAGUCUUCUACCUGAACGCCAUCCAGAGAUAUCGCGCUGAUUCGUACACCUCCUUCUCCCAGCUGAACGAGUACCUGGAGACAAAGCUCAAGGACAAGCUGUCCAGUGAGCUUUUCACAACCCGCUGGUCGGCCCUCCAAGAGUCACACAAGAAGAAGCUCGAAGCCAUCGCCAGCGAAGCAAAAGUUGACGACAACGGCCACUUCGCAACGCCCUACUUGUGCCAGCAACUCAAAGCCCUUUGUCCCAGCGACACCAUCUGGGCCAUCGAAGCCGUGACGCAAACUGGCUUCGUCGCCGACCAGAUCCAGGCCACGCUCCCCGGGUCCUGGAUCAACUGCGGUGGCGGCGGGCUCGGCUGGUCUGGCGGCGGCGCCCUAGGCAUCAAGCUCGCGGCCGACACCGAAGGCAAGAAGCAGUUCGUCUGCCAGAUCGUCGGCGAUGGGACAUAUCUCUUCUCGGUUCCCUCGUCGGUAUACUGGAUCUCGCAGCGCUACAAGAUCCCGGUCCUGACCAUUGUGCUGAAUAACAAGGGCUGGAACGCGCCGAGGAAGUCGUUGCUGCUCGUGCAUCCUGACGGCGAGGGGAGCAAGGUUGAUAAUGUGGAGUUGAACAUCAGUUUCGCGCCCACGCCGGAUUACUCCGGAAUCGCGAAGGCGGCGUCCGGUGGGGAGAUCUGGGCAGGGCAUGCGAGUACGGCGGAGGAGCUGAGCAAGCUGCUGCCGGAGGCGAUCCAGAGUGUGCUUAGUGGGAAGUCGGCGGUGCUUGAUGCGCAUAUUGGCGGGCCGGAGGGUAAGUAUGUUGGUGGAAAGGGCAGACUAGGCUGAGCGUGAUACCGUCUCAUCAAGUCCAAACGUCAGUAUAAUACACUUUGCUCGCACAUUAUUGGCCUUCUUAUUUUAUGUUAUCAAUGCAGAUUUCACCGUGUC